AAAAACCUAGGGCCUGCAAGCCAGGCCACACACUCAGUCUUUGUCCCUGGAACUCACAACUCCUAUCGUUCUGAUCACAGGGCCCUGAGCCCUCCUUCCUCACUCACCAUGGGAGUUUCCAGCUUUUGCUGGGGCUACUUCAGGUUCUUGGCCUAUCUGCUGUUCCUGGCCCAUUCAGUCACUCCAGAAGCUGCUGAGAUGCCAGCUUGUGGGAAACCGCAGCAGCUGAACCGAAUUGUAGGGGGCGAGGACGCCAUGGAUGCUGAAUGGCCGUGGAUGGUCAGUAUCCAGAAGAACGGGACUCAUCACUGUGCUGGCUCCCUGAUCACCAACAGAUGGGUAGUUACAGCUGCCCAUUGCUUCAAGGAUUCCGUGGAGCCAUCUCAAUUUUCAGUGCUUCUGGGGGCCUGGCAGCUGGGAAACCCCGGCCCUCGGGCCAUACGAGUGGGCAUGGCCUGGGUACUACCCCACCCUGGAUACAUCUGGAAGGAGAGCAACCGGGGGGACAUUGCCCUGGUACGUCUCGAUCACUCCAUCAAAUUCUCUGAGCGUGUCCUGCCCAUCUGUUUGCCUGACAGCACUGUGAAACUCCUUCCUGGUACCCCAUGCUGGAUCGCUGGCUGGGGCAGCAUUGGAGAUGGAGUUUCCCUGCCAUAUCCCCAGACCUUGCAGAAGUUGAAAGUCCCCAUCAUCUCUUCUGAGACAUGCAGCCGCCUUUAUUGGCGGGGUGCAGGACAGGGGGCCAUCACUGCGGAUAUGCUGUGCGCUGGCUACCUGGAAGGCAAGAAGGAUGCGUGCCUGGGUGACUCAGGGGGCCCUCUGAUGUGCCAAGUGAAUGGGUCCUGGCUUCUUGGUGGCAUCAUCAGCUGGGGAGAGGGCUGUGCUGAGCGCUACCGGCCUGGUGUCUACAUUAGCCUCACUGCCCACCAGGCUUGGAUCCAGAGGGUAGUGCAAGGGGCACAGUUCCAUGGACAGUCACGGGGAGACACUGAUGACUUUGGGCUUGGGGGUGGGAGGCAUAUGAGAGGUUAUGGGGUGCAGCCCUCCUAG